AUGGCCAUCAUCACAACAAUCACCAUCAUAACUUGCCAACUUACAGGACGAUUCGAACAGACACCAAACAACAACAACACUCUCUACCUAAUUCUCGGCCUAAUCUUGGGCUUUCUUCUCUUACUUCUCCUCUGUCUUCUCUGCCUAAUUUUGGCCCUAAUCUUCUGGAAGCGGAAGAAGAAACGUCAAAAAGUGGACCCCAACAACAAAGAAACAGUAAUUCAGCCCAACAACAAAAAUACAAUAAUUCCGACGAUAUCAUCAACAACAUUACCAACACUAACACAGUCAGGCAAAUUCGCGACAAAUCAUGGCUACUUUGAAGAUGACGGCCAUUUAUUGGAUGAUAGCUUAACUGACGUCCUCUAUGAGUACAUGUUCCUGCCUAAUGAUUCGGUGCAAACAACAUCAUCGUUAUCAGUAUCAACAUCUGAUUCAUCAUCACCAUUACAACCUGUAGCAGCAUCGUUAUCAGCACCGCAGCCAACAAAAUCAUCAUCACCAUCAUCAUCAUCGAAACUCAACAGCAACAAAAGUGACGACAACAGGAUCACGUGCCCUCCUCACAACAACAACGACGCAUCAAAACUUGAGAAAAAUGAUUUUGAGAUGACGCCUACUCCGUCCGGGUCGUCAUCAUCACGAUCAGAUAGAAGCCUAUCAGAUCAAAGCGCCCCUAGCGAUGACGUCAUUACGAGUCUUUCAAGUUCUGCAAAUCUAUUAGCUGUCGGACCAGAAAGAGGCGUGAAAGCCGGACCAAUAGGAAGAAAUAUCUUAAUGAGCCCUCCAAAACUGCACACGCAACCUAGGGGUUUUGCCCCUGCGUCUCAUAACGUUCCGGCGGCCGUCAAAAACACGUGGGGUCGAAGCAAAAUAAAAGAUUCAAAAUCGUUCAAGGCAGCAAAAGAACUAGAUAUCAGUGAUAACGACGUCGGAAGUAAACUGAAAGAAAGUAAAUCAUUCAAGAUAACGAAGGAUCGAGAUGGUGAUGGAAGUAACGAUGGUGGCAGUAGUUUUAGCGGGAAUCUACUUUACUAA